UGCAGCUUCCAAGAUGCGAGUGGCGCCGCGCGAAGCACUUCAAAACAGCGGUCGAGCUCCCCCCGGCCCGACAACGUCCGGCAGCGGCGACUGGAGCGCGCGCGCGCCUUCAUCCUGGAGGAGGCGGAGGAGGACGACGAGUCGGCGGAGGAUGACGAAAGCGUCGGCGAGGACGUCAGCAGCGAGGAGGACGGGCCGUCGGCGCGCGACAUCGACGGCGCCUACCGACGGGACGAGCUAUACAACUCGCAGAAGAAUGGCGACAUUACCGACUACCUGGCCAUUAAAUACGGGGGCAAGAUGGUUCCACUGAAAGAAAUGCCGGACGCUCUGCGCAUCAUCAAGCCCAGCGACGACCUGCAAAAGAGCCAGUGGGUGCGCAUUAAGUCAGUGCUGCUGAAGCUGCUGCCGCGCAUCGACUAUUCCAAGCGCCGCUUCUCGCCGCGCGGGACGCCGGUGAGGGCGGCGCGCAGGGCGGAGCCCGACCCCGACACCUCGGCGGUGAAAGGAAAAAAGAAGAAAACAAAGAGACCAAUGGCCAAGCCUUUCAAUGAAUCUGCAAUAAAAGACAUCGGGGGAGAAGUAACUCAUGAAAACAAUUUCCUUGUUUUUGAAGGGAAUCGAUAUUCAAAAAAUGGCUUCUUGUACAAGAAGUUCCCGUUGAAAGGAGUCAUUAAAUCUGGGGUGCGGCCGUCUCUGGCCGAGGUGGAGCAGCUGGAGGCGUGGACGUCGGCGCUGGCGGAGGCGGAGGCGGCGGCGGCUGCGACGGCGCCGCAGCGGCUGGCGCCGGGCGACCGCGUGGCCGUGUGCGCGGGUGAGCUGAUCGGGCUGAGCGGGCAGGUGGCGCGCGUGGACGGCGUGGGCAGCGGCGCCGUCGUCACCUCGGGCUUCGUGGUGCGCGUGGAGGAGAACCGCGUGGUGCUGCUCUCGGACAGCGCCUGCCAGGAGAUCGAGGUGCUGCCCCAGGACCUGCAGAAGAGCUGCGGCACCGUCACCGCCGUCGCCCCCGUCUCCUCCUUCCAGUGGGGAGAUGUGGUACAGCUGGAUUCUCAAACAGUGGGCAUAGUAGUGAGUGUCAAAGGAAGAAAUGUGUACAUUUUAUCCAUGUAUGACAAGAUCAUUGAAGUAAAACCACAAUCAUUGCAAAAGAAAGGCGGUCGCGGAUUUGUUUUUGCACCAGACGUCAAUUCUAAUGCUGUCCAAAGGCACGAUUAUGUGAAGGUCAUUGAUGGUCGUCACACGGGUCGUAACGGAGAAGUGAAGUUCUUGUUUGGCGAGUACGCCUUCCUGUACUCCAACCUGUACGAGGACAAUAGAGGGUACUUCGUGUGCAAAACGCGGCAGGUUUUGCUGGCCGGCGCACAGGAGGAACUGGUGCCGAACGGACGGGUGACGAACGCCGCGUCACCUCGGGCUGUGCGGCGUGGAGGCAGCGGAGGUGGUGGAGGCUGGCCGGGUGGCCCGUCCCGGGACACCACCCUCAUCGGCAAGACCGUCCAGAUCGUCAGAGGCAACUUCAAAGGCAGCGUGGGCGUGGUGCGCGACGCGACGCAGCGCGUGGUGUGGGUGGAGCUGCACGCGGGCUGCCAGAGCAUCGCCGUUGACCGGGCGCGCGUGGUGUGCGUGGACGUCCGCCCGGCCACGCCCUCGGCCGCCACGCCCUUCACCGCGGCCUCCACGCCCUGCGCCACGCCCUUCUCCACGCCCGGCACCACCCCCUGCGCCACGCCUUGCGUCACACCGUGUGCCACGCCGCUCUACCGGGAAGGCAGCACCACCCCCUACACUACGCCGCCAGACACCCCGCGCCUGGGAGGGUGGACGCCGUCUCAUUGUGGCUCCUGCACCCCCAGCGACAGCAUCAUCUCAACUUCAACAGCAAAAACCUGCGAGUUUGAAAAUUAUAGUAGAAGUUGCAAUGAUCUUAAUACUCAAUAUACUAGAUGUGGUUUUUUUUUUGCAACUGGGAAAAGACAAUUGUUAAAUAUGAACUGUAUAGAUGUCUAUAAUCGAAGAUUUUUCGACAUUUGCUAUCCUCCUGGAGGCAGCCGAGCAGCCCGUCGAGGCGCCGGUCCCGUUCGCACAGCAGGUGAGCCCGGAGCCCCCCUGCGUAUGGACCUGCGUCGGGCAAACAUUGCUCGCUUCCGUCCGGGCUUCGCUCUUAGCCCUGCAUCAACAGCGCUGCUGCGUCCGUGGGUCAACAGCGCAACAGCGCUGCUGCUUACGUGGGUGCUUCUGAGCUGCUAUGCAAUGGAACUAAAGCACAAUAAACUU